AUGCCCUUUCAAUGCAUUAUCUGCUUACAGCCUCUCAUAGCAGGUGGGGAUCAUCCAGCCGCCAUACCCUGUGGCCAUGUAUAUCAUAAAAGCUGCCUUCAACCUUGGAUCCGUGAACAUCGCAAUUGCCCACUGUGUAAAAAAGCCUGCACGCAACAAAAGAUCAUUUCUCCACUAUACCUAUCCAGCGAUGACGAACAAAUGCAAAUCGCCCACGCAGAUACAUCCGAGCAAGCGCAAGUGUUACAACUAGAAGUACUUCAACUUAGGCAAGAGAAAGAGACGGUUCAACAGCGUUACAAUUUGACCAGACAAGAGCUCUUGGAUGAAAAGGUCAAGUCGCAAGAAAUGGCAUCAGACCUUCGUGGAGCCACCAAAGCAAUUCGAUACAUGAAACAGAUACGAAGCAGAGUAGCAGAGUUGGAUGAUCUCAUGAAUAGCCCCACUUCUAGAGCAUUUUUUCAGAGUUUAGAGUCAUACUCUAAAGAAGACUUGCUUGUACAGAAUAGGGCUAUGCAGAGUAGAUUAAGAAAAGCUCAUACAGAACGUGAUGAUGCUGUUAGGAAGUCUUCCCAACUAGAAAGAAGCAAUUUACAUAUGGAAAAAAAGAUUGAACGGCUGAAAAUCAAACUUCAACUCGCUGAAGCUGGAUCUGCUGCCACCAAACAAGCUGCUGCCGCACUACAAAAACCAAGACGAACAGGCAAUGUCAUUGUGUUGGAUGAUUCAGAUGGCGACAACGAUGAAGAUGACUCCAACGACGACGAUCAGACUUUGGAUGACGAUUCAGAUGGUCCUGUGCUAAUAGCUGAAAGUAGCAGCAGCAAUCACAGUGGGAUAUACAACAGUAGAGAUGAUCAUUCCAGCAAUCAACAAACAUUGAAACGACAUCAUUCUCUGCUAUCUGAUAACGAUGAAGACUUUGCCAUAGAGGAGCACAAACGUGUUGAUUUAGGGCAUUCACAUCACCCUAGAUGGAACUAG